UCCAAAGCUCUGGCUACCUCGCACUCUGCACUAUAGUCAUCCUUCCAUAAACACACGCGAGUCACACAACCGCGCCGGUGAAGCGUGAACACGUGUCCAUUCACGAUUUGAUCAUAUCACGUUAUUGGCAUUUAAGAGAAACCGAUAUGAGGGUGUUGAUAAUAGCAACAGCAAUAACAUUACUGGUUGUGGAAAUAUUAGCCAGACCAGAACCGCCAGUUAGUCAAUACUUACCCCCAAAUCAGCUUUAUGGCCCGCCGCAGAGACCCAGUCUAGGUACUCCGAUUGCUUCGCCAGCUAAUUUUGGAAUCAAUCAGUACCUACCUCCUAACCAACAAUAUGGACCACCUGGAGCUAGUGGUAGUGGUGGAAGCGGUGGAUAUGGAGACGAAUCAAACGGACCAGCUAAAUACGAUUUUGAAUGGAUGGUGUAUGAUCAACCAUCGGGUAAUGAUUUUGGUCAAAAGGAGAGUCGCGAUGGUGAUGUGACACGAGGAAUGUAUUACGUAUUACUUCCCGAUGGACGUAGGCAAAGAGUGGAAUACGAGGCUGAUCGGGAUGGAUAUAGACCUAAAAUAUCAUACGUUCAAGAAGGUACGGGAAUAGGAGGUGGAUAUCCUGGAGGAACUGGACCAAGUGCUGGUGGUAGUGGUGGUUAUCCAGGUGGUUAUCCCAGCGGUACAGGUGGUGGUUAUAAUUAUUGAAUUAUCGAUUAAAUUUAUAUAUACUAUAUAUAUAUAAUUUCCAUAAAUGACCUCUAUGAAUUUCGAACAUAAACCAAUCAGAAUAUCAGUAAUCUUUAUAAAAUUCCAGCAAAACCUUAGAAGCGUGAAUCUCAUCAAACAUUCAUUGAAUAAUUUUCACACAUAUAUAAAUAAAAAACCAGAGUUAAUAUAUAUAUAUAUAUAUAUAUAUUUAACGGAAAGAUGAAUUUCAAUAAGAUUAAUAAAUUAUUCUUUCAAAUUGCAGCAAAGAAAAAAACAAAUAUUGUAAAAAAAAGAAAAUUCUAAUCAAAUUUUUAUCUCUGUAUAACGAUUUUACGAUACGAAAGUUCUUUUCCUUGCUUACACUUGAAAGAAAUUUUUCUUUCCGGGUGAUUAUUAGAUUCUAGUCUUUUCGCAGCCAGAGGGUUUGCUGGUCUAUAAAGUCUUACUGCUUCUGGUUGAAAUCGAAUUGGAGCAAUCCCACCUGUAGAAAAUAAGCAUAGAAUUGUACAGUCCCUUUUUUUUGAACAUACUCCAUAAAAACCUAGUUUGCUCAAUAAUAUUGGUUUUUCUUUCUCAGAUAUCGCAAAAUAAUUCAUAAAAAAAAAUCUCUGUAACAUAGUUCAUAAACAUGAUCAAAACAAACAAUAUAUAUAUGUAUAUUAUACAUUAAAUUAUAUACAUUAAAUUAUAUACAUUUUAUUAUAUAUAUACAUUAUAUUAUAUCUAUACGAAUGUAUACUCAUAUAUUCAGUGUAAGCUAGGCAUUACCAGAUCUUACUGUGUUUAUGUAAUAUAUAAUGAUUUAUAACAAA